AUGGCAACCUCUUCUACUUUUAAAAAUGAACUGCUGGCCAAGUUCCAGGCUGCUUAUUGGGCUGCUCCUCAGAGUCCCUUUUCAUUAGCUUACUCCAAUGCUCUUUUGUCCACAGAUGCUUCUACUCGAGAUGCGGAAAUCGACACAGUUAUGAAAGAAUUUGGCUAUGACUCUCUCACCGGGUCUCAGAUUAAUCGCAUCACCAACACUGACAACCUCUCUCCGGUACCCGCGGCUUCAGUGGCGCCAAACAGCACUCCAGCCAAGUCAUCCAGCCCAAUUCCAACUAGCCCACCUAUUACCACGCCAGAUACGACUGGUGCCAGUGCUUAUAUCUUCCUCGCCUUUACGGGCUCAUACAACGUCACAUCAGAUGGCUUCCCAGAUUCUACCAACGAAGUAAUCGUUAAUACUGCCGGAACUCUAGACCUAGGCACAUCUCAGCCACCACUGAAGCCCGAGGUCCUCAUAGACGACCAGAACAAGAACUGGGUUCAGUGGGAAGUGAAGCCCGACUCUGAGUGGUAUAUAGUCACAUUCUCUUCAACGGUUGACACUAAACUUGGCUCGACCUUUCGCGAGAUGGAUGGCUUUCGCUGCGUGGUUGACUCGGGAGGAAAGCAAACCAAUACUCCAAUCUCAGCCCAAUGCCCAACACUGAAGCCAAAGAUCGGCAAUUCAUUAUCUGAAUUCAUGGCCUUCCUUCAACAGCCCUAUACAUGGGCAGGACUGUCGUUCGCUGGCGCAGUGAUGUUAUGCCUCAACCGCUACAAGCACAAAACGGAAAGCCACGAAGCUUCAGAGAAGGAGAAGGCUGUCUACCAGGAGCGCCUAGGAGUGAUCAAUGAUAUUGCGCGCAAGGGAGCUGAUAUCGCUGCAAAGGACAGCAUCUCAGAAGCCACUCCGGCUGAGCGGAUGGAGUUGCAUAACCGAAUGAGGCAGAGUGUCAAGAACAUUGUCCAGGAGUUCUAUGACAAGCCUGCAAAUAGAACGGCCGAUUUCAAUGCCGCCACGACAGCUUUAUCACAAGAAUGUAAGAAGGCAGCUGCAGAUGCCUUAAGAGGAUGGUCCAACGAAGUCGUUGUUGCUGGUAACUGCUCUGACCUAAGCAAGUACGUAACUUCUUACAUGGACGAGCAUAACCUGAUGGCCCCAGAAGAUCGUGAGAAGACGUCAGCGAUCUUUCUGGAAGCCAUAGACCAUAGAGCCAUGAAAGCAUACAAAGGCGCUACCAAGGCAAGCGGAUCACCUGAGGCUGCCUUUGACGCCGUGGCGGAUAAGUAUCUCAAGCUUGCACUCAUAAACCAUCAGCUCGAAGGCCUCGGAUCAAAGCUUCAGACCAGCACUGGAAACAUCGCAACAGCUGAAGCUGAAUUGAACAUGGCAAGGCUGGACCUUCGAAGAAAGCAGCAAACAAGUCAAGAUACGCACACUGCAUGGCAAAAUCUCGUUGAUCAAGUCCGGGAAGCAACUGCAAGUAAGCAAAACACUACGGAGCUUGAAGAGCAAGAGAGGCAAGCGAGGGCAGCUUACAACAUUGCCGAAGUCAGUGAGGAUGAGGCGCAGAAGCACGUGUCUACGCAGGAGACGGCCCAUAAGAAGGCGAUGGACGAUGAGACGAGAUGGAAGAGUGAACAGGAAAAGGGUGAGGAGGAACGCAAUAAAUUGGAGGGGGAAACACAGAAUACAGAGAACGGUGUAAUGAAGCAUCUAGGUGGGGGAGAGGAGGGGGGGAGGGAGUAA